UUCUAAUCGAGGAAGAAAAAGAAGAAAACCGGGAAAUACAACAAUGCCAAACAAGACAACAAGAAAACGGAGCAGGACAGACAAAUUGUAUAACUGAGGUUUAUUUACACAUGUUAAUUAUGAAGACGAUGUCUUGCGCAAAGAACAACGUGACAGAAGGAAGAAUAUAGAAGUAGGCGCUUGAAAUGAAAACAUUUGAAUGUAUUGAAACUGUAAUUGACACUCUAAAACGUUAACGUUUGAUAUUUCCGUGUGGACUUUUAUUCUAGCUUACCUUCUGUGACAUAUCUUCCUCUAGAUUUUCAGGAAUGAUUUAUAUUAAUGCCCCGCAAAGCCAUAAAGGCGGAUACGCCUGCCCUGCAAUUUAUCGAACGGCCUGUAGGUGGAAGCAAACUUCAACAUGCGCCUGAAGUCCGAGCUGCAGUCAACCCCAAGGACUUUUUUCCGGAGUCACUGACGCAUAACAGCUCAGAUCUUAAUUCGUGGGUAAACCCACAGUUUGACUGCUCAUCUGCAGCUGCAGCUCCAAAGAGACGAGGGAAGAGAAAUGGGCAGAAAACCUCAAGUUUACCUGACCGAUGUAGUCAAUUGUCCAGAAAAAACAACACAUUCAAAUACCCCUCCUUGUCAUUUCACAUUCCGUUAAAGGACCAGUCUCAGAAACAGUCAAGGACAACAACCACAACAAAAGGUGCAGCAUCUAAAGUCAAAAAUCAACCUCGUGCAACCGUUUGCCACAGCAAACCGACUGCAAAUUCAGCUUACUCAGACACUCCAAAAAAGCUGUUUGCCACAGCUGGAAAAAGGAAUGCUGAAACACUUCCUGAUGGCACUGCCUCCCACAGUAGAAGUGUGAAUAAGCUUGGAGUUCAAUCUGAAGAAGUGACACGUAGAUGCAGAAUUCCAACACCUACCUCCACUAAGUUGAUAACCACUGAAGUCAGCAGUGUUUGCCCACCACCUGAUGUGGACACUCCAGAAAGGAUGUGGGAAGAGGUCGACCAUUCCUCUUCUUCCCCCAGAUUUUUACUGUUUGCUCAGCCAUGUACAUCACUAUGCAGAGGCCCACCUGAAACCUUGGUGGCUGACACACCAGAGAGGGACUAUGGGGUGAAGGUGACAUGGAGGAGGAGAAAGGGGCUGAUGCUGAUGUUAAAAGAAAGGGGCUUCCUUUCUGACUCAGAUGUACUAAUUCAUUGCUAAUUUUUUUUGUCAUUUCUUUUUAUCCAUUCUGAUUUAUUGUUUAGAUUACUGUUGUAUAUUACUGUAAUAAAUGAAGACAAAGCAUAUUUUACCAACUGCAAAAUACAAAUUACACAGCACUGAUUCAGACUAUUAUCUACAUAUAACUAUGUUUACUUUAAAAUUUUACUGUCACAUAUACCAAUAUUUUGCCCAUUCCAAAUAUAACUCGUAAUACAUAAUUUCUUAAAGAACAUUUUUCUUCUGUGACUGUCAUAAAUCUUAUUCAGCUGUUGCAAAACAGAAUAUGAAAGACACAGCAUUAUUUUCAAGUUUUAGUCAAUGUAUAAUUAUUAAAUGAAUUAUAAUUUAAAUUAUAUAAAAUAUUGUAUUGAAGGCAUUGUUGAUUUGAAAUGCAUUGUAACUGCUAUUAAAUGUGCAACCUUGUAUGAAGCUACACUAUUAAAAACGGUAUGAAAUAUACUUUUUUGAUAAAAAAUAAAAUUCUACUCAUUGUUUUCAAAAGUACAGAUAAAAUUGUUACUUAAUUUUGAAUGAUUCCAAAUUAUUCAUAUUACUGUCGUGUGGUUCUUGUAAUCUAAUGAGU